AUGGAAACAUUGAAAGGUAUUAUAGAUGCAGAAACACUGGUGAAAAAAUACCUCUUUCCUGCGACACCUAUCGAUAGGACUUUGUGUGAAUCUGUGCUAUCGGACAAGUUGUUCUUAAAUUCAUUUGAGACAAAAUGCAAACUUGCUAAAAUUGGAGAGGAUACAUAUCAUGUACUACAUGCACUUUCGACUGCUGAUUCAAAAAUGGCAAAAGAUCAACCAGUUGAGUUGGAUUUGAACCUUCUUUUUCACUUGAAAGGAAGCAGCAAACCUCUAAAGCGUAUAGAUGGUCAGCAAGUUUCUUUUAAAAGAUUUGAUGAGAAAUAUGUGAUGGCUUGUACUUUAUCAUUGCCUGAUUGCUGGACUUCCCCUGCUUGGGAGUUAGCUAUCAAAUCUGUUGAGUUGUACACUCAAAGAAAAGGUGGAUUCGAGUUAAUAAUUUUGCUAAGAAAAAGAUGUCAUGGCUUUGAAAAUUAUGCCUCAUUAGUCAAAUUUCUCAAACCUUUUCAUAGAUCCUGCAUUGUAAUUGAUCUCCGAGACUACCAAUUUGAUCUUAAGAACAAUCAAGUUCUUGUCAUUGAUCCCGACUGCAAAGUUCUGUUUAACGAUAGUGCCUCAUAUACAUCAGUUGUUGGAUCAUCGGCUUUUCCCUUUACAAACAUAGAUGUUGCAAGCCUUUGGCAACAGUGCAGGCAUCUGAAACUCUCUUCCCUUGAGGAUCUUUUAGGUGUUGAACCCUCUCAUAAAGUCUUCAGGAUGCUUCCAGGAACUGACCCUUUGGAGGAGGAGCACAAGUGUAUUUCAGAAUUUCAGUCUAAAAUUGUGUUUUUGUACACCUAUAGCAUUGGGAAUCACUUAGCCCUCCUCUAUGAGAAUGUGGUUGAUUUGAGGAAAAAGGGUGUGGAGUUUGAGAUUAUCACUGCAUAUGUACCUACUUGUGAUUACCAUAAUCCAAAGCAGUUUCUCAAGGUUUUUAGCAAUCUUGUUGCACAACAUGGACUCUCUUGGUGGGUUGUGCCUUAUGACAGCUCCACGUACCCUCGGCUCAGGACUAUGUAUGCCGGUCGUGUCAGAAGUGACCAACUUAUUGUUUUUGAACCCAAACUUGAUGGAGAUCCUCAUGGCUUAGAAGUCAUGCACUUGUUUGGUCAAUCUAUGUUUCCCUUUACUAAAAAGUUUGUUGUUGAGCAUGUUAUGGAGCAGCUCAACCAAAUCACCUUAGAGUCUCUCUUUGAGCCUAUAAAUCAUCUUUAUAAGGUAGAUCCUGAAUCUGGCAACAUUGUGUGCAAGAAUAAGUCAGUGCUUAUGGGCAAGAAUGUACUUGUUUACUUUGAUGCGUAUUUGACCGGUCCUCCUACUGUUCUUGAUGAAUUUGUUUCCUGGUACAACUCCUUGCAGUCCUUGGGGCAGAGUAAACAUAAUUUUGAAGUGGUAUGUGUUUAUCUUCACGUAACACAGCAGGAUGCAUACCAUAUUGUUCCCGGAUAUCAAUUUCCAAAAUGGGUGAUUUCCCCUGAUGAUGAGAAGGCCUACUCAAAUUAUGUGGCUGAAAAAUUCUUCUUGAAGCUGUUUAAAUUCAAAUUUUCGUCUAUUUUUGCAUUUGGAGAAGACGGCAAGAUCUGUUCGUUAUGUGCUCAUCGUCUGCUAUCUUCUUCUGAGGCUGUAACUUUUCCACUCAAUGGUGAUCUACGAGUAGAGAUUUUCAAAAUCUUAAAUGACUACUUCACCAAAAGAAUUGCAUUCAUGCCCGAUGAUAUAUGA